GAACAAUGUCUCCAUUGGAAGAGCAAGCUCGUGGUGUUCUCACACCAUUUUGUUUUAAAAAGUUUCAAGAAGAGUUCGGAAGAGCAACUUUAUAUUCAUUGCUUGGCGAAAAUGGUAAUGAGUUUAUAGUAAAGUAUCACGAGGAAACAACUACGAAAAAGCGUAUCGUGUUUUGGGAUGGUGAGAUGGCAACAUGUAGUUGCAAGCACUUCGAAUUUUGGGGAAUACUUUGUCGUCACAUUUUGAGUGUGUUUCUUCAUAAGGAUUGCUAUGCAAUACCGUUCACAUAUUUACCAGUACGUUGGAGUCGUGAAGUGCCACAAAGUGAGGAAGCACCGCGAGUGCUAGAGGAGGAAACUUUAUCGGAUACACCAAUUGAUGAUAUUCAUUGUCCUCCGAUUUCAAAAACCAAAGGGCGUCCCAAGACAAAACGAUUGAAAGGUGGAAAAGAAGCACGAAAGGUAACCAAGUCUUGUGGAUUUUGCAAGAAAGUUGGCCAUAAUAUUACGACAUGUCCGGAGAAGGAAAAUAUUGGUUUUGUCAACGGUUCACAGAAAAAGAAAAAGAAAACUUCAAGUAGCGACAUUGGCUUGAAUCCAAUCUUUUCUCUGAAAUAUUAGGGUGGUACAUAUGGAAGUUGUUGGGAUCUACAUUUAUUUUGUUUUUGAAGAUCUCAGUUCAAUUUGAAAGACUUUUGCACAAAAUGAUGGCAGGAACAUGGCUAUUUGGGGAUUAACUUUAUUUUGUUUCCAUAGAUCCCAACUUAAGUUGUAGAUUUUUGCACAAAUAGUAGUAAUAUGGGUAGUUGGGAAGUAAUUUUGUAAAGAAAGGUAAACUGUUUAUGCAGAUUGAUGGUUAUUUUGGA